GAACAGAGCUAUGGAUGAAGUUCAUGUUGAAAGACUGAUUCAGCAAUACAAGGAUAGUGGGGAACUGGAUGGCGAAGAUCCAGCUCUUUUAAUGUUAAAACAGUGGCCAGCAUCUAAACAGUUCAAAGAUAAUCCUGAGAAACUUCCAGGCCUUGAACAACAGAUAAAUCGGCAUUUGGAGAUUCUGUUGGAGAGUGAACUAAACUCAGACAAGAGAUAUGGGAAGUUCAGAGAUACAGUAGAUAAAACUAAGAAGACUCUAAUGCAUUAUGCAGCAGAGCAUGGCUUUUUACAUGUCACCAAAACACUCGCAAGGAAACUUCCUCUGCUACUUUCCAUGACAACAGAAGAUGUACAGAAACCUGUGAAAAAAAGAGCCAUGUUGCCUGUGGAAUUGGCGAUAGCAUCAGAGAAUGAUGAUGUGGCAGCAUUUUUGGUUAGAGUUAUGUGGCAUGGAAGAGUGCAAAGCUUAUUUUCCUGGACACCAGGAAAAAUGACCAAUCCUAAGCCAUCCCUACUCAGUUUCAAGGGAAUCACUGAGAAUCCUAAAUUGAAGAAAACAGUAGUGGCUGUAUUAGACCAGAUGAUAAACCCUCACUGGCCAUAUCUUCCACAGCGACAAGAAAACUAUGAAACAGAAGAAGAGAGGGAGGCAAUUGAGGGAGUAUGGAAGACAAUCACAGAUGAUCCAUUAAACUAUCACUUUUAUUUUCAUAUUCUGGAUGGAGAUAAGGAUGGACAACCCCCAAAGAUUAUGACAUUAGAUGGAUACUGGCAGAUAGAUAACAAAUAUUUUAACUGGAGAGACAGUUCUUGUUUACAUACUAUUGCAAAGAGCAACAAUAAGGAGGCUUUGCAACACCCUGUGGUCAGAAUGUUGAUUAAAACAAAAUGGAAACGUUAUGGACAUUUGUUCCUCAGCCUUCAAGCCGCAUUGUAUGUGAUCUUCUUGCUGUGUUUGUCAUAUUCUCUGCUACAUGCUUCAACCAAACUGGACCCCACCCAUUACAGUGGUGCACUGGACUUACUACGUGGAUUCUGUGAGAUUGUCACUCUUCUUAUGGUUGUGUUUUACACCUGUGAAGAAAUCUAUCAAAUAAGAAUAGAGGGGCGUUCUUAUUUUACACAGUGGAUGACUCUGUUUGACUGGUUGGGCCAGCUGUUUAUUCUGUGUAUAAUACCGUUACGAUACAUGGAUCUCAAAGCUCAGUGGAUGGUGACAUCUUUGGCCUUCUUGUUCAACUUCAUGAGGAUCUUUAAGUUUUCGUGUUUGUCAAGGACUACAGGGUUAUACACACAAACCUUGGCCAAAAUCAUAUUACAUGACGUCACACGAUCCAUGGCAGUUUUUGUUGUGAUCUUUUUCUCUUUCUGUGGUGCAUUGACUUUAUCACUCUGUUACUCCGGAUCCAGUGAAAACCAAGAACUUCGUGGUUUUGGAGACGUCUUGUUGAGCGGAUUUCAAGCACUGUCUGAUCAGUAUCCAAUGGUUGAAGACUACUCAACUUUCAACUGGCUGUCAGUUCUGCUGAUGAUGGCGUACAUGGGGACAGUGACUGUAAUUCUACUCAACAUUCUCAUUGCACAAAUGAGUACGACCUACACUCAGGCCAAACAAGUCGCUCGCCUUGAGUAUGAUGUUGAUCGGAUUUUACAACUCACUCGCAUGGAGAGAUUUCCUUUUCUGAAUUUGCGUGUGAAGUAUUACAAGGAGGGAGACUGGAUCAGUGAAAUGAAUCUCGCAAAAGAGCUUCUUGAAUUCAGUGAAGAUCGCAAUCCGUGGGAGUCAGUCGAAGAAAAACUUUGUGCGAUCAGGGAAAAGAUGAGAAAGAUGGUGAAACAGAUGAGGCCUGCGCAAUAUUAAAACGAGUGUCUGUUUACAUUAAAUUGAGACAUUAAUUUGCAAUUGCCAUUAGUUGUAGUUUUAUGCGACAAUAUGAGACGUUAACUGCCUUUGAAGGGAGAAGAUAGAGGCGAUGGGUAUUACGAGAAUUUCGUCAGAUUAUUUAUAAAGCUGCAAUCAGGACUGUUAUGCGAAAGAAAUCAACAACAACGACAAUUUUUGUGAACAAACUGUAUGGCUGAAAAUAAAAGAAAAGGGAAAACGGGUGUGACAAACAGUUGAAUUAGAAAGAAAGCAUAACCACAUUAGAAAA